AUGAAGUUUGCCGUCGGAGCCCUUUUGGCCAGCUUGUCUCUGGCUGCGGCCGUUCCUGUGGAGGUUGCGACCAGCGUCGAGGCCAAAAACCAUGUGAAGCCCGUCAAGGGAAGAUGGUUUGAACGUUUCGUGGUCAUUGUCCUGGAAAACACCAACAGGGGUGUGACCAUGGGUGACCCUUAUUUCCUGAACCUCACCCAUUGGGGAAUGCUGCUGAAUGGUUAUCACGGAAGCACCCAUCCCUCGCAGCCCAACUAUAUCACCAUGAUCACCAACACCAUCGCUGCCGGUGUGUAUGAUGACUCGGACCACAACAGCACUGCUUACAACUUGGUUGAUCUGUUGGAGCCUGCCGGGAUCACCUGGAAGGCUUACAUGGAGGGCUACAAGCCCAAGGCCAACGGUGAUUGCAACCCUUACCACGAGGAUAAGGAGACUCUUUACGUUCGCAAGCACAACCCCUUCAUGUCCUUUGACAACAUCCGCAACAACACCGCUCGUUGCCAAAACAUCGUCAACGCCGAGGAACACUUUGCCAAGGAUGUGGCCAAGGGUCACGAUGCCCCCAUGUACAUGUACUACGUGCCCAACCUGAACAACGAUGCCCACGACACCAACAUCUCUUACGCCGCCAAGAACACCCAAAAGGUCAUUGACACCAUGUUGAACGACAAGGCCUUUAUGAAGGAUACCGUCAUCCUCCUGACCUUUGAUGAGGACAACGUCUACACCAACGACAACUACGGUGACCCCAACUCCAUCUACUCCCUUCUCCUGGGCAACGACACCGUCAAGUGCUAUGACUGCGUCGAUCAGACCUAUUACAACCACUUCUCCCAACUCGUCACCGUCGAGCGAAACUGGAACCUGAGCACUCUGCCCGGUGAGGGCUGGGACCAGUGGUGGCGUCCUUUCGGUCAGCUGCGGACCUCCAAGGACGAGAACUGCGCGUUUGCUCCUUGCUCCGAGUACUAUGAUGGUAAGAGCCCGGCUCGUUCGAACAGCAACUGGAACGAUGACGGCUUGGAGGGUACUGCUUGA